AUGAAAUAUGGGAUCCAGAUCCUCCCGGACCCCGUAAUUAUGGGACAGACUCAGACUGAGGAGGUGAUGCUGGUGUCAAACAAGUUCAAGCAGAUGUAUGAGUGCCGUCUGCCCGCUCAGGCCGUCCGCUUCCAUCAGGACUCAUCCUCAGAGACGGAGACAGAUACCUACAGCGGUCCAGACGUCCCAGUGCUGCUCCAGCCAAUGCAAGACGCCCCCUGUCUGCUCAAGACAAAGGACUGGUGGACCUACGAGUUCUGUAACGGAAAACACAUAAAGCAGUACCACAUUGAAGACACAGAAGUGAAAGGGGAGGUUCUGUUCCUGGGUUACUACGAGUCGGACUUUGACUGGACCAAUGAAACGGCAAAGGCCUCAAAGCAGCACAAACUGAAACGCUACCACAGCCAGACCUACGUCAACGGCUCCAAGUGUGACCUGAACGGGGGCCCUCGAACGGCGGAAGUCCGAUUUGUGUGUGAGGAGGCCUCCUCAGACUUCCUGUUUCGUGUGGAUGAGCCUCAGUCAUGUCGAUACGUACUGACGGUCCACACGUCUCGCACCUGUUUACACCCGCAGCUGCGUCCGCCCAGCGCCAAACUGCAGCCCAUUGUGUGUCGCGCCGCACUCAGCCCCCAGCAGUACGAGGACUACACCAGACUCUCGGACACAAAGCAGAGAGUGGAGCAGAUCUCUGAGGAGCUGAAGAGUCUGGACCAGAUCUUGGGACGGGACCAUGAAGACACAGAGGGAACCAGGAACACACCAGAGUCCACAGAGGACGAGACGCUGGCCCAAUACGAUUCCAUGGAAGCGUCCCCUGAGGAGGAAGACGCAGACUUCUGGGCCGGCGUGACAAAGAAGAAAAUGUCUCCGAAAUCACAGGAAAACAAGGAUAAAGAAAUUAACGAAGUGAUAGAAGACGGAGAUGAAGUGGAGCAGUUCAACUUUAAGAUUAUCUCGGACCCGGCGGACCUCAUGAAGUUUGUGCAGCAUCUGAAAGAAAGCAAUAAAAAAAAAGCUCAGAAACAACUGGAGAGACAGAAUAAUGUUGUGGAGGAGGAGCCAGACGAGGAUGAGCAGGUUCUGCAGGAGUUUAAGGAGGAGAUGUCGGACCUCACGGUGUCAAAGGAUCAAAGAGACGGAAUCAAAGAGGAAAUGAAGAAGGAGUUUGACAACAUCAUAGACGAGGCACAAGAAGAGUUGGAAACGGAGGGUCUUAAAGGGGAGUUUGAGCGCUCGCAGGCCACGCAGGCUUUAGAGACCACACUGGACAAACUGCUCCAUCAUCUAGAAGAGAAGGAGGAACCAGAGCAGGAGUCUGCACCAGGGAGCGCUCCAAGAGGCAGCGACCCCACCCGAGGGAGCCCUAGCCUGGCCCCCAAACACCCAGACCAAGCAGCAGAGGAUCAAGUCAAAAUCAAAAUAACUAAAUAUAAAGCGGGCAGCAGGCCUGGCGACGGGCCGCUGCGAGUGCAGGAGCUGGCAGAGGCAGACCCCCAGUGGAGACACAUAAAGGACGUGGUUAAAGAGCAGCUAGAGAAGGCAGGACUCAAGGCCGAAGGUAAAAUAGAAGUAAAGAUCCUGACCCGGAAGAACACAGAUGAUACAGAUGGAGAUCAGUGGCUGACGGAGGAAGACACCAAGUCUUUCAGAGAACUGCUCAUUAACCUCCUGACCGGUGGCACUGAGGAGGUUUAUCGGGAGCAGAAACGGCUGCAGGAGCUGGAAGAGAACUACAGGUUUGUUUGGGGCCAGACGCAGGACGAGGGCCAGACCUCCUCCGACUCUGAGGACGUGGAUCUGUGA